UUCAAAAGUUCUGAGAAACCUAGCUUGUUUAGCAUUUCUUCUGCCGACCUAAAAAUGUUGUCUCAACUACACAGCAUCCUAGGAAUUAGUUUGAAUACUACGGAAACAUCAAAUACACAGAAGAGAAAGUCUAUACGCAUUAUUUUGAAGUGUGUUUUUUUUCCAUAUCUAUGGAAUGAUACCGUACUUCUCUACGUUGUUUCUGUGCCUUAGAUAGCAAUCUAUGCUCGGAGUACCAGUUAAAGACAACGGUGAACAGUUCAUUAACGACUUGCUCCUAUUGGUGCUCAGAAGGGUCGACCGUAUACAGCGUUGACGUCCUGGACGGGACAUUGUGUGUUGACGCUGAAGAUGCCGAAGGACUCUGCAUGGGCGGAGAGUGCGACGCCAAUCAACAGCUCACGAAGGCAGUUAUAUACAAACCCAGACAUAGAAAGCCGAAUGACGAACUAGCCCCUGGAUGUACUACUCAAGAACUUUCAGCCGAAGACGUUUUUGCAGUCAGAACUACUAGCCCCUUCAGCGUUGCUAAAUCAAUGACACCCUCCAUGCAAGUAGGUGAUACUGAGUCCAGGGGCAAUUCCACAGAGCAAUACCGGAGCGUAAGCAUUGCUACAAGCGCAUUUAGGGCCGUGACUAGCGUGCGCUCACAGAGCGCGAGAUAUACGCUUCCACCUUUGACAUUAACAAAAGCACAAGCUGAAGACGAACAGACAUUGUAUUCUCCCAAUAUAAGUAGUGAAAGAGGCUUUUCUGAAAAGCCCGGCACGCCCUCUCAUACACACUACGCUUUAACAACUGCGACUAUAAACACCACAGGAGCACCAGAGCAAGAAGUGUCCGCGCCAUACGAACAAGAAAAGACGGAAAGUGCGCCUGAUUUGAGAACAAAGAAAGGGCCACACGUCGCAGGCAUUACCAGCAAUGAUAUUCAACCACUUUCAAACCAUAGUGCAGUUGCUACAAUAGCGACGCCCAAGUCACAAGAGUCAUCUGAACAGGGCUCAGGAAAUGCCGUUCCAACUACAAACCACGAAGGGCUAGAAUUGUACUCUACAAUAAAUGAUAUAUCCGGACAACCACGAACAAACACAGAGCCGAUAAGCGCAGCAACAGAGCCGCAAUCACUGUCAGUGGGAUUCACCGCGGCAAGUGUAACUUUCGAAAAUUCGACAACAAGUACCAUUGAUGCAAUCGAGAAACCUGCCACAACUACAAAAAUGGCAGUACCCGAAUAUAAUGGCAGUCAGGCACCACUUACUACUCAUUUGACUCGUAUGCAUCAUUCCGGAUCCGCGUCACAAAGCACGCCCAGUAUUGUGCCGCACCAAACUCGUAGUGCACCAACAACAGUCACAUCAAAUCCUCAUACUGAAGCAAACUAUGAAACAGAAAAAUCAUCUGAAUAUAUGUAUCAAACAACAUUCAGGCCGAGUGAAAUUUCGCCAUCUUCAAAGCGGGGCACCGAGACAUUGGGCAGUAGACGAGCUACCCAAGAGAGAAAUACGCACCGAAUGACGACAACUUCCGAUCCUGGAACAGGCAAAAGACCAACCGUAACACACGUGGAAGACACGGAAGUUAUUUAUACAACAACAACUGAAUUCGAAUGGCCACAUUAUACUAGGUAUCCGAGCAGAUUGCCACACGUAAUAUUUACAGACUUCUUUCAAAAGUUCGCAACCACUAGAAUGCCACUAAAACCGGCAUUAUCCGAAGAGGCUAAGCGUAACUCAACAGUGCAGCAAAUGUUGACUGCUCAAAUGACAUCUUUAGCUGCGGUGACUAAUUCACUCGAUUAGCCAUACUUUCUUUACUCCCUGGCGACCUGAAAGGAGUUCAGCGUUACAGAAGUCUAGAUACCAGACGUUGUCGUAUCGUAUGCUUAGAGUUCAAAUAAAGCCAUCUGCCUUCACGGUUUUUCUCACUUCUCAAGUGAAAUAAAAAAAAAAUUAAUAAAGGAGUUGUAAUUUUUGCGGACGACUACCUCUUGGCACUUGGUUUUUAGAAGAAAGGAUCGUGAAGAAAGAACAGAAUAUACAUACAUGCGGUGCACAAGCUAAUUAAAUUUGCUUCCGGACUGAGAUGCCACUCUACGUUGGGCGAUAGUGCCCCUCACAGCGCUCCUACAAAAAGACGGCGGCUAAUUCUUUUUACU